UUUCUUACAAAGGCCCGUUUCGAUAACCCCACCGGGAUCAAAGUCGACGAAACGUCGAGAACCGUCGGUAAACCAAACAAACAAAUAACGACUACUGAUUUCCAGUUUCCUCUAACCAAAUUGCAGCAAACGAUGAGAUCAAACAUUGUCUCUGAGGCAGGUUUGCCUACAAGAUUCAAGCAAUGGUGGGAAGGCAUGCCGUUUCUUACGUCUGUGGUGGUUGCGGUUUGCACUGCGAUAUACCUGGUUUGUCUUUUGAUAGGAUACGACUCUUUUCUAGAAGUAUGCUUCUUGCCCUCUGCUGUUAUUUCAAAGUUUCAAGUUUACAGGGUUUUCACAUCUAUUUUAUUUCACGGUUCAAUACUCCAUCUUGUUUUCAAUAUGAUGGCCCUAGUUCCUUUAGGCUCAGAGUUGGAAAGAGUUAUGGGUUCAAUCCGUCUGUUAUACGUGAUUGUUUUGUUGGCUACAACUAGCGCUAUCUUUCACCUUUUAAUUACAUUAAUAGCUGCCUUCAAUCCGGUUUACUCAUAUAAUCAUUUCAUGGACGAGUGUGCGAUUGGCUUUUCGGGUGUUCUAUUCUCCAUGAUUGUUAUAGAAACAAGCUUAAGUGGAGUCCAAUCUAGAAGUGUGUUUGGACUUUUCAACGUACCUGCCAAAUUGUAUCCAUGGAUGUUAUUGGUGGUGUUCCAGCUUCUUAUGACAAACAUCUCAUUACUUGGACACUUAUGCGGGAUUUUAUCUGGAUUUGCGUAUACGUAUGGUUUAUUCAACUUUAUAAUUCCGGGCAGCUCUUUCUUUUCGGGCAUAGAAUCUGCUUCUUGGCUUUCAACUUGUGUGCGUAGACCGAAAUAUAUAAUGUGCACAGGUGGUGAUCCUUCUGGAUACAUCCCUACAUAUACCACUCGUAACACAACAUCCAGUGAAUCUAUGGCUGGGAAUAUGUGGACAAACUUGUCUUCAUGGAUGCCACGUAGAGAGGUGCUUCCGCAGUCAACAGAAGAAAAUAGCAGAUUCCCUGGGCGUGGAAGGACACUUAGUGCACCUCAAAGCGAAACGGGCCCCACCAAUGGUAAUGACUCGAGUCUACAAGCUAGACUUUUAGAAAGUGGCAACAGCCCGGUUCACCCGUCGAGUCAGGAAGCAAUAGAUGCAGGACAACAGAGAAUCAAUAGAAGGCAGCCAGGGAUAGAGGCAACUGUUCCAUCAGAUGAAGAGAUUCAAAAGCUUUUAGCAAUGGGUUUUGAUAAGACGCAGGUUGAAGUUGCCAUAGCUGCUGCUGAUGGGGAUCUCAAUGUAGCAGUUGAAAUACUCAUGACCCUACAGGGUUGACUUGUACAGGCUGGUUGUUGAUGAGCACAUUAAUACGACAGGCGUAUGCAGCUCAAGGAGGUCCAUGUUUGCGGGUAUCUGCAUCUAUGUCUAAUGAUCUUUCUAAUUUUACUUUCUUUUUUUAAUCUUUUUAGUUUCUGUUUAUACGCUUUUAUACGGUAGUAACACUAACAAUUAAAAAAAUGGAAAAUAUCUGUUCUUGGUUGGGUUUAAUGUAGUUAAACCAUGUAUAGGAUUGAUGAUUGUUAAAACCCUCACCUUUUAUGGACAAUUAGUUUUUCUAGAGGUGGCAAA